GCCGCGUCGGGCAGGGAGCGCGCCAUGCUGGGCCGGCGGCGCGUCUUCGCGGUGGAGCCGCUCGGCCGGGAUGGGGCCGGGAAGGACCUGGCAUGCAGCUGUGUAGUGCCUGGAGUCACCAGUACCUACAGACGGAUCCCGGAUGCAGCUCAUGGUUGCCCAUCAGAUACCCGGAAGGAAGAGGUUGAACUGAGAAAUCUCAGAAGGCAAGUGCCACUUCUGAAACUGGCCUCCCGGGACUCAGGUGUAGAGAUGGUGGUUGGGGACAGCCCCCUGGCUACCUUAUCAGAACUUUCACAGGACUCUCUGAACCUUGAGCCCAUGGGGAGCCCUGAGCACCUGGCCCUUGAUGCCACAGAGCCCCCUGCCCAGCUGGGCCGGCUGCUGGCCAACCACAAGCUGGAGCAGGUGCUGGAGCGGUCCCGCCAGCUCCCCAGUGUGUCUGGAGAGCAUGGUUCCUUGAGCAAGCCGCAGUGUGGAGUGUCCCUUUUUGGAGCAGGAGAGCAAGAGACCACUGAGGCCGAAACUAAGCUAGAGGCAGGCCUGGAAGCAGAGGUGGUGCAGGGUGUAGAUCCUGGAUCUUGGGCCUGUCUCCCGGGGCAGGGUCUUCAAUACCUAGAACACCUGUGCCUCGUGCUAGAGCAGAUGGCGAGGCUCCAGCAACUCUACCUGCAGCUGCAGACCCAGAGACCCCUUGGGAGUCUUGAAGAGGAGGAGUCAGCCCUGGUCCCUUUACCUUCACCUUCACCUACCCCAGUUAAUGGGGUACAGGGGCCAGGGGAGCUGCUAAGCCGGACAAAGGAGACAGGGGCAGACGCAGCUUUAUCCCAAAAGGUGGGAGUGCUCAGCAUCAACCCUCCCAGGCUGACAGAGGCCCCAGUGGAACCAACUCACAGUUUUCUACUCUCCCAGGAGCACAAGGAUCUCUCCCACUGGGACAAGGUCAAGGUCCUCCUCAAUCGGAUCCGCUGGAGGAGCUCCCAACAUCCUGAACCCCCUGCCCCUCCUGAUGGUUCUGGCCCUAGGAUUGAGACCAGGGACCUCUCUGAAAGGCCUCAGUAUCACCCCCACCGGAAGACCUUUAUGCCAUCAUUAAUGGUUAAGAAGCGAAGAGGAAAAAACCUUUCUGUAUAAUGAGACCUCUUUGUGCUUGGUGACUCUGGGUGGAGGGGAUUUGCUGUGAAGUCUUCCUCACUCUGCAUUGCCAGGGAGAGCCGUUGACUUGCCCUUCUCCAAGGCGAGGGCUGAGCCUGUAUCUUCUGAGCAGCCUGGCAGAGGAACCCUGGUUCCUUGAGAGGCUCCAAGGUGCAGCAGCUCCAGGGUUCCUUCUCCCUGCCAGAAAUCCCUCUGCUUAGACAAUGUGAACUAACUUAUUUAUCAGAUGUUCAAGGAGCAUAUUUGGCACAGUGAUAUCUGGACCCAGCAUGGUGCAGAUGUGUUUAUGCAUACCAAUAUAUACAUCUUUGUGGGACUAUCAGUAUUGUGAACUGGCUGGAUUCAACCAUCCCUACUGGAAUCAUAUAUCCAAAGCCUUCAGAGCGAGAUAACUGUGGAAGGAUGAAGUUGACCUUCCUUCUGUAGUGGUCAGUUACUGAACUGGAUUCCUGCUUUCCUCUUCAUACCUGAAUUGGCAGCUCUAGAACAGAGAAAGGCAUUGUCCUGGCUGCCUCUGUAUUGAGUCUUGCCCUUGGGGCACAGCCCCUGAAGACCACAUGAGGAAUUAGGAGGCUCAGGACAACGUGCAGAACGGCAGAAUAACCUUCAAGGUCAAUUCUCAGUUGCUCUGCUCCAUAUUAGCUUUUACCUGUCAGAGCUGAAACCAGAAGUCCAUACUAGCUUUUAGACCUUGACAAAGUCUAUUAACUUCUGAGCCACAACUUCCCAUUUGGGAUAA